UUUAUUUUUGGAAUUUUUUAAAUUAUUUUUUAUUUUUACGUUCGUCUCGUUAAAUAAAAUUUAGAAGUCUAGAACUUUUUGAUUUUAUUUUUAUUUUUAUUUUUAUAAAAGUUAAACUAAUGAUGAAAAUAAGCCAAUAAAAAAGCAAACGUUCAAUGCAUGUACUCACAAACACUAAAAUGUUAUAUGUGCUUGUUUGGUAAUUUUGUUAUUUUAGUGGUUUUUUAGAUAUUUUAUGAGAUGGAAGAAGUUGUGUAUUUGGAGUGAUUCUAUUUACACACCACUAUGUCUCUCAAUUCACACCAUUUCUCCAAUUUUUUUUUUAUUACAUUUUUAUCAUUCAAUCAAAUUAUCAACACACCCUUCGCUUUCUCUCUCUCCCCGUCCCUCUCAACUCAGCCCUAACCUUUGCCACUGUCGGCCACCGGUAGCCGCCUCCUUCCAUUCCGAUCAUCACCACCUUCAUAACAUUCCUCUCCUUCUGCCAGUGCCAUCUCAUCGCCCUUCUCUAGCCCUCGCCGCUGCAGCUGCUACUAACCCCUUUCCUAGUCCAGUUUACUCUUCCCAAUCCGAUCGAUCCUCCCCAGCUCUGUCGUCCCCUCUCUGUCGUCUUCCGCUCUUCUCCAUUCUCUACAACUAGCCCCGUCCCCCUCAUUCCCAACCCUAAUAUCUCUCGCAGCCCAUUCUACAGUCCCAUUUCUUCUUCUUCUUCUUCUUCUUCUUCUUCUUCUUCUUCAAACCCUAGAUCUAGUAAUCCAAACCUUUUUUCUUCUUCUUGCUCAAACCCUAGAUCUAGAAACCCAAACCCUAGCUGGAUGAGGGAUGGAUCGCAACGGGGGGCUAUCGAAAGGAGUUGUUGGCAGUGGGGGCUGCGGUGUUGUCAUUAGGAAUGAAAGACUGGGGAGGUUGCCAAUGAUGAUGGUAGCAAAGGCUGAUGGUCAAUGUGAUUGAGAGAGAUAAAGAAAUCACAAGUGAAAGGGAGCUACAGCUGCAGCGGCGGUGGUAGCGCAAGAAGACAACGAUGAGGGACUGACCAAAAGGGGCUGAGAUGAAAGGAAGAGAGGUUGGAGAGAAGGAAAUAGUGGUGGAACGGGAAGAGAGGCUAGGGAGGGACGGCGACCGUGGGAGGUUGAGAGCGGCUAAGAAAGGAACGGCGUCGGUGGGAGGCGAUGGUUGCCAGCGAUGGUUAGGGUUGGGAUUUGUUGGAGAAGAUAAGGGUAGUUUAGUAUUAUCUAAAAAUUAUUAAUGUGUAUUGAGACAAAAUUGAAAGUUUUAAUUUGUAGAUGGUGUGAAUUGAGUAAAUGGUGUGUACUAAGACAAGUAAUGGUGUGUAAAUAGAAUUACUUGUGUAUUUGAGAUGAUUUACGAUUUUUUUUUUUUUGGGCAAACUUCACUUUACCCCCUGUGAUUUGGGUCGGGUAUGGAUUACUCCCAUGACAUUUGGAAAUCACCACAUAACCCUCAUGUAGUUUGUGGACUAAAACACACUGUUAGCUUUUCUGUCUAAGAUAGCAAAAUGUGAAAGUCACACGAUUCUAUAGAGAGUGAGUCAGUUUUUAUGAUGAAAAUACCCUUUCUACCUUUUCAUAUUUACAAAGGAUGCCAUUCUUUUCCUACUUAUAAUUUUCAACCAUUAGCAACUGGUUAUACAAACAUGGUUAUACAAACAUAUAUACAUUCAUAGAAUGUGGACUUCAGCUUCCCUUAGAUAUUCUCUUCAGAAAAAUCCUUCAUUACUAUAAACUCAACCCGAUGCAGCUAGCUAUCAAUUCCUACAAGGUUAUUAAUGGUAUGAUUGCUAUAGCUCACCGAGAAAAUGUUAGAAUAACAUUGGGCGACAUUCAGUAUUGUUAUACCAUGUGUGCCCCAAAGUCUGAAAAAUGUUUCAUUUACUACCUGAAACCCAGAUCCACUGCAUACAAAAUCAUAGCCGACCUCCCAGACUCCAACAAUGGUGCUGGAGAUGAUUACCUCAUCAUCUUGGGCAACUGGGAGUUUACUCUUGAUGAUGAUCUUCAUCCCUUCCCUCUGUGCCAAUCGGUGUUUAAAGAGGGUGAUGCUCUUCCCUAGUCGACAAAGGACUUCCGACAAACCUUUUUCCCUAGCAAGGACUUGAAAAAGCUGCUCGGCUUGCCCAUCGACAAGCGCAAAGCCCCUUUGCUACUCAAUUACAUCCCAACGUACAAGUCGGCUUUGCCCAACGUCCCUCGGAGAAGUCUAACUCCACCGUCUACCUCAACCCCUCCAGUUACUUCCUUACCAAGAACUGAUCAGGCUUCCUUUUCUGAUCCAGUUGAGUUGUCAUCGACAUCUACCUCCCAACUUAUCCCGAUAUCACUACGUCGACGUCGACGCAGAGCUCUACCAAACAUCUUUGCCGGCAGAACCUGAAGUCGCAGACGACGAGAUUCUGAAGAAUCAGCAUUUGACCUAGCAAACCCACCAAUUGCUCUACUGGCAAUUCAUUUUGGCACUAAAAUCAUCGUUGCUGCAACCGCCGAGGAAAUGGGCUGUAACAAAGUUAUUGUAGAGGACCUCUUGGCCGACCUUCCAAGAGUGGUGACAGUCCAAUCUUCUCCAUCAGAAUCUCAACCCAAACAAAAACCAAAAAGGGUAAAAAGGUCCAAGGCAAAGGCCCCUAUUACCCAAGUUGAUACUGAUGAUACAGUGCUAAUCUCAAAAUUGGCCGAGGUUGAAAAGAGUGCCUCUAACGCUGAGAAGAGGCCUAUUGAGGACGAGCCGACCAACACCUCAUAGAUGAAGAAGUAUAAGUCCCAGGCGGCCGCAAGCCUAAGUGCCUUUAAAGCUGAUGAUCCUUGGGCUCCUGCCAUCAUGAUUGGUGAUAAUCCAAUGAAGGCUGGAGAUAGUGCCAUCGAUAGCAUCAAGGUUGGCGUCGCUUUCUUCAUAGCCAUGCUCUUUCCAACUGAUCUCAAUCAUAUGGCUGAGAUCAAUGAAUAUGAAAAUUUUACCCUGAUGAUGCAGCAUUCCGUCUUGGCUAUCCAGCAUGUCCAUUCUUUUGCGACGAAAGCUGAGGCAUUCAAAGAAGAGUUGGUCCACAAGACCAAAGAAGUUGCUGGCUUCCUCACCUCUCUCAAUAACGUCGAGGCAAAAAUGAAGUUGCUGCUAGAUCAAGCCAAGGUUGCCAAACAGGCUCAAGAUCAAACCGAGGAGAAAGUGGAGGCCGUUGAAGCGGUGGCCGAUGUUUUUAGGGCCGAGGCAAAAGAGUUUGAGGCUAAAAUUUCCAAAGUCGAGGCAAACUUGGCGACCAAGGCACCCAAAAUCAAGGCAGCUGAUGAAAAGGCCUACGCCAAAGGCCAAGCCGACAUGCGUGAUGCUUACAAGGAACAAGUAAACCAAGACUGCAAUUGAGGUUAUUAUCUCGGCUGGAUGACUGCUCUAAACAAGCUUUCCAUCCCACUGAAUUCCAACCUUCGAGACAUCAACAAACUUCAAGUGCCCUUCCCUCCACCUCCUAAAGGAUCUGGUGGCGAGGACGAUGAAGAGGAGGCUGAGUCGGACUAUGUUGAAGAAGAAGAAGAUGCUACUAAGGGGGCCAAGUCCCCAACAUUAAAUGAUCAAGUCCUAGAUUUGACUCAUGAUGAAGAGGAAGACUUGGCUUCUAAGGGAGCCUCUCCAAAACAAACCAUUUUUGAGGCUGAGGUCCAGGCAGCUGAGAAGAGCUUGGACCAGACUUGCUGAAAUCGAUGCUGAGAUAGCGGCGGAGAAAGAAGUUGCAUUGCCAACCAAGGCCGACACACCGCUAACAGUCGAGGUUGAGCGAUCUGAGACCAGUGCCCAUAAUUCCAACACUUAGGAAUUUUUAAUUUUUACCUUUGAAUAGUUUGUAAUUUUUGGACAAGUAAUCUCUUUCGCCAGGCCGAAGUGCCUUUGUUUUUGAACAAGUUCAUCUUGAAUGCAUGCUUGCCUUCUCCCUUC